AGCAGCAGUCCCCACCCUUCUCGUCCAUACAGGAAGCUGGAUCACCAACCAGUUAGCUGUCAACAAAGGACAAAAUUGCACGAAACCACCAAAUCCAUGCAGAAGUCGGCGGUGGUGCCGACUUUGUGCUCCUUCUCCUGAAUUUAAUCUCACUGCGCCGCCAGCCGGAUCUUGAACAUGGCGACAACCGCUCAGCUGUUCGAGGAGCCCUUUGAUGCAGAUGAGUACAUUGAAAGGUUGGCAUGGAGGACUCCUGGAGGAGGCUCCAAAGGAGGAGCCGAGGCAUUUGACCCUAAAAGGCUGCUGGAAGAGUUUGAGAACCACAUCGAGGAGCUGAAGCAACUGGAUGAGAAGAUCCAGCGGAAAGUGGAGAAGCUUGAGCAUCAGUGUCAUCGCGAGGCCAAGGAAUUUGCUCACAAAGUGCAAGACUUACAGCGAAGCAACCAGGUGGCCUUCCAGCAUUUCCAAGAGCUUGAUGAACACAUUAGCUAUGUGGCCACCAAGGUUUGUCACCUUGGUGACCAACUGGAGGGGGUGAACACACCUCGCCAGAGGGCUGUGGAAGCUCAGCGCCUGAUGACCUACUUCAAUGAGUUCCUGGAUGGAGACCUACGCAGUGACGUCUUCAAUAACCCAGACAAGAUUAAGGAGGCUGCUGAUAUCAUUCAGAAGCUGCAUCUCAUUGCCCAGGAGCUGCCAUUCGACAGAUUUGCAGACGUCAAGGCAAAAAUAGCAAGUAAAUACCACGAUUUGGAGCGGCAGUUAAUCCAGGAGUUCACUGCAGCCCAACGGAGGGGUGAGAUUGGACGUAUGCGGGAGGUUGCAGCAGUUCUAUUGCAUUUCAAGGGCUAUGCACACUGUGUGGACGUCUAUAUCAAGCAGUGUCAGGAAGGUGCCUACAUUAGGAAUGAUGUGUUUGAAGACACUGCAGCUCUCUGCCAGAGGGUCAACAAGCAGGUGGGCGAAGUUUUCAGCAGUCCAGAGACUGUCAUGGCCAAACUCAUCCAGAACAUCUUUGAGAACAAACUGCAGGCACAUGUAAGGGAAAAACUGGAUGAGACUCGACACUCUGAUGUAGAGCAAUACCUCAAGAACCUCUAUGACCUUUACACCAGGACCACAGCAUUAGCCACAAAGCUGACCGAGUUCAACCUGGGCUCAGACAAGCACACUUUCCUUUCCAAGCUGAUAAAGAGCAUCUUUUCCUCAUACUUGGAAAGUUACAUUGACAUGGAGAGGGAAUACCUUCGCACACGUGGUGCCAUGAUUCUGCAGCGAUACUAUGACUCCAAAAACCACCAGAAACGCCCAAUUGGCACUGGCAGUAUUCAAGAGCUGAAGGAACGGAUCCGUCAGCGCACCAACCUUCCCCUGGGCCCCAUGAUUGACACCCAUGGGGAGACGUUUCUGUCCCCUGAGCUUGUUGUCAACCUGUUGCAGGAGACACGUCAUGCCUUUGAGAGAUGUCACAGGCUUUCAGAUCCUUCUGACCUGCCCAAGAAUGCCUUCUCAAUCUUCCUGUUGCUGGUUGACCAUCUGUGUGUGGAACAUAUUGACUAUGCCUUGGAGAUUGGUCUCUCAGCGAUUCCCUCAUCUGAUGCCAAGAAUGCCAACCUGUACUUCCUGGAUGUGGUUCAACAGGCAAACUCUAUCUUCCACUUGUUUGACAAGCAAUUUAAUGACCAGCUUAUGCCUUUAAUAAGCUCAUCUCCAAAGUUGGCAGAGUGUUUGCACAAGAAGAAAGAGGUGAUUGAACAGAUGGAAGUGAAACUGGACACAGGAAUUGACAGAACACUGAAUUGCAUGGUGGGACAGAUGAAGCACAUCUUGGCAACAGAGCAGAAGAAGACUGAUUUCAGGCCUGAGGAUGAGAACAAUGUCAUGAUCCAGUACACUACGGCGUGCUCCAAGGUAUGUGCCUACGUCAGUCGGCAGGUGGAGCACGUGCGGAAGUCCAUGGAUGGGAAAAAUGUGGACACAGUGCUGACGGAGCUGGGCGUCCGUUUCCACCGGCUCAUCCACGAGCAUCUACAGCAAUACAGCUACAGCUCAAUGGGAGGCAUGCUGGCCAUCUGCGACGUGGCUGAAUACCGACGAUGCGCCAAGGACUUCAGGGUUCCUCUGGUGCUGCAGCUCUUCGACACACUCCACGCCCUCUGUAACCUGCUGGUGGUCGCUCCUGACAACCUGAAGCAGGUCUGCUCCGGAGAGCAGCUCACCAAUCUGGACCGGAACCUCCUGCAUGCCUUUGUCCAGCUCAGAGUGGACUACCGUUCAGCCAGACUGGGCCGACAUUUCAGUUAAUGACUGAUUCAACACCUCACUGCGCUCCGUCCAGUAAAUUAUGCUUUGAGACGAUGCACCUUGAAGAUACCCAUUACUGCUUCAGAGAAUGCAUCAGUGUGCCCCCAGCGUACAGACUAUACUGGGAUUGCUUUGUGCAUCAUGGAGACAAAGGCCACUGCUCCUUGAAUGUGGGAAAUGUGCAUUUUACUUUUGGUCAAUGUUUAUCUCUCCAAGCUGAAGAAAUUUAAAUGUCUAUUGGCGUAGGAUUUCAUUUGUUUUUAAAUACUAAUCCAUCACCAAUCCAUGUGGCUUCAAUAUCCAACAUAUUAUAAGUAAAUGGACAAUACUGAUGCUUAUCUAAAAAAAACAAAACAACUUUUUUGAUUGUGCCAAAUAUAUAAAUUCUGUGGUUGCACUUGUGCACAGGAAAAUACCCUGAAGCUGCUUUAAAGGGAGACUGUCAACAAUCGUGCUAUAAAGUCGGCCCUGCAGUAGCGCUGCAUAUUGGGAACAGCUACUCUUUGUAAUGAACUGUAGGAGACCCAGCAGAGAAAGCCUGACCAAGCAUGAGAUAGAGCUCUGUCUGGUUAACAGAGAGACACAUGACCACCUCUGUAACCUCUGACCCUUGACAACAAAGUAGAGGUCAAGAGACCAUCACAGAGAAGUGUGAUCUGAAGUAUAAACAGGUCUGAGAACCUCUCUGGAGGUUUGGGUGGUCCCCUCAUGGCUCAGAUGAUUGCUGUGAUGGUUCACUGACUAUGUGUCACUGUAAUUGCACAGAUCAACACUUGCUCAUCUAGUGGUGUGCACAGUCCAAAGACAUUGUUGACCUGAUCUGCAGUGUUUCUGGGUCAGGGGCCACUGAAAUGUUGACCUCUGAUGAUUAAGGAAACAAACUAGAAGGGACUUCUUCACACAGGGCUUAUUGGAGGUUCUGCACCAAGAUAGAAGGUCGACCAUGUCCCCGAUGCCUGAAACCGUCUCCUACACAAAGCUGCUCCCUCUGUACUGCUGUUUACCUUGAUUAGAGACUCAAUAAAAAAAUGUUGCAUUUUA